GAACGCAACUUGGCUGCACUUGCACUAUAAACAUAUGCGGAGACUCUUCAUUCAUAGAGAUUUGUAAACAAUAGUGAAGAGAUGAAUAAAACUUUAACAUUUGUAACGUGCCGGAUUUGCUUGGAAGAGAAAAGUUUCAGCAGUUUUCUGCUUGAACCAUUGGGAACUGAGUAUGCGGGAAUGGUUGUAGGCACAUGCGGUACACAGGUAAAAUAUGCUCACAUUAAUAUACUCACAAAACAAAACAAAAAAGAAAAAAAAAACAAAAACAAUGCAAUCACAAGUGAAUAUGUUUAACUGGGAGUGGUCGAUUUCGCCCAAUUUUGUACAUAGAAGCGUACCCACCUGUUGAAUGCCACCUGCAAAAAUGCCAGUUAGAAGACAGCGCUAAAGCAAAGAGAAAUAAAAAUAGAAUAAACGAUUUUGUGAACCCAUAUACGCGCUCUAUGUAAUGCACUUGCGCUGUGAUUUAAUUAAUCGGCGAUCCGUAUAUUUGUUGCGUUAGUGUUAAAAAUGUUUAUUUGAAGAUAUUCGUUUAGAGAUAUCAUCUUCACCUAUAAAAUCUGCGUGCAUACCGUCAGUGUCGACGUGCUCAUCAAAAAUGUCAACCUGCGGCGAUUGUGCAGUCGGAAGUAAAAAAUGCAUUAACUGUAAAACAUCAGUGGAUUAUAACCACAAACGAAAUACAGUUUUUAGCGAGCCAGAUUCCGGUUUUCAGGAUUUAUUUGAAAAUAUAGUAGAUGAAGGAGAAGAUAAAUGCGCCAUCGAACUUACAAGCGGGAAAAAAGCCAAAGGCCGUCCUCCUAAACGUUACGAUACUCAAUUCCAAUGCGAUAGAUGUUGUUUUGUUACCGUUUAUGCAAAGUAUUUCCGCAAACACAUGUCACUUGCUCAUCAAGAUGAACAACCACGCAUCUUUAAAUGUCUGCACUGCCCAGAGGCGUAUGUAGAGGAGCGUUUUCUUCGCGAGCACGUCAAACAUAUUCAUGAUUGUAUACCACGCCGGCCAAAAUUCAUUUGUGCAGAGUGCGGUAAAGGUUUUCCCAAACAAUCACAUCUUAGGCGUCAUUCAUAUGUGCAUAAUCCCAAUGAGAAACCUUUUCUGUGCGAAUACUGUCCGAUGCGUUUCGUAAGUCAGUCCAGCUUAACACGUCACAUUGAAGGUACACACAAUGUGAAUAAGCCGCAUGCAUGCGAAGAGUGUGGAAAAGCUUUUGGUCAUAUUUAUGGACUCAAGGCGCACAAAAUUCGAAUGCACUGGAAGGAAGUACGAUAAAUGUCAAAUAGUAAAUCCAUUUUUCGACAUCGUGCAAUCAAAUACUAAAGACAAAAGUUAAAUGCUCAAAGAUGACUUAAUAAUACAAAGUUAUUCAGUGCAAUAAUAUCAAAUGAAUAAAAGACUUAAGAUGCGAACGCGACUAAAUGCGCCUAUUUGGAAAUCCGAAACUGUGAAUUACGAAACAUCUUUACAUGACGUAACCAGAAAAGUAUAGGGGAGGGGGCCCAGUUGUGACGCGGGUUUUGAAAAAAAUUAAAAUUUUUUCCUCAGUUCCGCAAAUUGAAAAAUGAAGAAGUUUAACAUUUAACUAUUAACCAAACGCAACUUUUCUCCAAAGAAAGUAUGUUUAUUUGAGUUACUCAACAAAUUUUGGAACAAAUUUUUUCAGGAUAACUUUUUUUAGGACAAAAAAAAAGUGGCCCAGUUGUGACGCACCUCAAGAAAUUUACUGGAAAUGAGAAAAUAUGAAAGGAAUGUCACACCAAUUGUUGUGAUUUAAUGAUUUAUUUAUUUUGAAGGCUUUCAAUGGCAAAAAUAAUGAAAAAUACAAAAGAAAAUGUCCUUCAAUGGCCAUAAAUGACAACGAUUAAAUAUUCCUAGUCGUCGCCCACGUCACUUUCGCAGUGUUUGCAAGUGAAAUAACUUGCCUGCAUGUUGGCGCACUUCAAAUGAACUGGACGCUUGCAUACGUUGCAAUUGAUCGAGUUGGCAGUUGGUUUUUUUUAAACAACAACAAAAAUGUAGGAAUUCGGCAGUUCUAUAUGAUCGUAGUGCAAAAAAAAGGUGCGUCAUAACUGGGCCACCCGCUGAGUCACAACCGGGUCACGAUGCUAUUUUGUGUAUGACAAGCAAGUUUUUUAUAGACACCACAUAAUCACAUAAAUCCAUAUAGAAUCACAAAAUAUACGGCAAAUACAAUAUUUUGAUGCAUUACACUCGCCUUUUCACUGUUAAUUUCACAAAAUUUUGGUACUUUGAAAAAAAUCAAAAUAACUUUUUCGCACGAUUUUCAACACGAUGUUUGGUGCGUGUAUACAUAAUGCGACUACUAACGUUGGUGUCUGCACAAAAACUGCUGAACGUCAAACGAACAUGAUUGGCAGGGCUCAAACUGUCAUUUUCAUACCGCAUGUCAAAAAUAUUUAGCUGCGUCACAACUGGGCCUGCGUCACAACUGGGCCCCCUCCCCUACUUUUUGGUCAUAUAGAAAAAUAAAAAAACUACUGCCCAGAUGAGCAUUAUUUAUGCAUAUCUGUGUAUAUGCUCAAAUGUACAUAUAUACAUACGAUAUUUUAAAUCGCCUCAAACUUCGUAUCUGCCAAGUAUUGAAUUUGCUGAGUUGAUGAGCUCUUAGUUUUCCAUCUUAGUGAAACUUUAAUUAACAUAUUAAUUUUUGUCAAUGAAAGAUCAGGAUUUAUUGAUCUAAAGAGUGAACUGUUAGAGUCUGCAAACCUGUGUGUAUACAUAUACGUAUAUGCGUUUUUAAUCUCAAGCAAGGAACAAUUGGUUUUAAAUGAUAAUAUUAUAAAUAUUAUUUUUAAUUUACAUGAAAUGGUGCCUUUUAUGACAGCUUUAAGCAAUUAAAAAUCGCUAACAGGGUGAGGACAUUAUUUUUUGUAAAAAUAUACAAAAGUCAAAUGCAAUUUCGUCCAAUUUAAAAUGAUUUGAACAUAUUUUUAUAAUCGCUAAAAAUGAAUUGUAACAUAGGGUUUGAAGAUACAUUCCUAGUUCUACAUAAAAAAGGUUUAACACUUUUAUUUAACCGUCCUUCAACAUUUUGGGUUAAGCCCGUUAUAUUUAUGGAACAAUUACUAUAAUAAUAAAAAAAUUAUACACAAUAAAUCUUUCACGAAUAUUAUAUUAAACAUUAACAUGUAAGAAUUAACUCCAAACUUGUGCAUAUUUUUGCAUAAAUAAAAUGAAAUGAAUACAAUUUUACAGCUCAAUUAAUUUUAAGCUUUUAGUCAUAUUGUGUUUCGACUGACAUCUCAAAAUAUUCUCAGUUUUCGUUGUUAUUUGCGUAGUUACCAUGAUGCAAUUAGAAAUGUUCGGUAAGUAUUGGUAAUAGAGUUUGCAUGCUCCAAACAAAAAAUUAAAUUGAAGAAGUAUAGAUAAGGGAGGUACGCCACUUUUGUGAAGCAGAUAACGAACGUUUACGGAAAGUAGCAAAUUAGUAAUGAGAUUUAAAUAAAAUAUAUGCAUUUCCAGUAAUUUUAGCUUUUAAUUUAAUUUAUUUAUUGCAU